AUGGUUCCUGAAGAUGAACAAGCCACGUACAACCCAACGUGUACCAAGUGGUUUGCCGGUCUCGUUAUGGCUGGCCAAGAAAUUCGCCAAAGAGACGCAACGAACCCCCAGCGCUUAAAGGCGGGGGAAACAAGUUCCGCUCUGGCUGCGGACAAUGUCAUGAUUUUGCAGAAUUUCCCACAGGCCCAACAGCCCAGCAUGAUUCAGCAACUCCCUCGUCGGUCAUUAUGGACUGUCAUAUUGGCCAUAUCUCUCACAAUUGUACUCUUGCUUGGAGUACCGAGACCUCUGCUCACUACUAAGCUGGUAGCGCAAGGACAAGGUGCGCUACAACAUAUUAACAAUGCGACAUUGGGUUUUGAGAAGAUUUUUGUUGUCGGCUUGCCGGAGCGGACCGAUCGCCGCGAUGGUCUAACGCUUCAGGCGGCGCUUAGCAAUCUCAAGGUAGAAUUCAUGGACGGAGUCAGGGGCGAGCACAUUGCUGAAAAGGCCAUUCCGGUCACGGAAGAUGGUGUGACCCUUGAUGCACCCGUAUUAGGCUGUUGGAGGGGCCACAUGAAUGCUGUCGCCGAGGUAGUUCGACAAAACCUCUCUUCUGUCUUGAUCCUCGAAGACGAUGCCGAUUGGGAUGUGAGAAUCCGUCAACAAUUACAGGAUUUUGCGCUUGCCACAAGAGCUCUUACUCAGCCACUGGCAGGGUCUUCUCACUCAAACCCGUCCUACGCUGACGUUACAAUGAAUGACCCUUCGCAGCCCGAGGGUCACGAAAUAUCCUUUCAUAAUCUCCCCAUGACCCUACCUCCGACCCUUUCACCCUACGGCGAUGAUUGGGAUCUCCUCUGGGUUGGAAAUUGUGGACUGCACUUUCCCUUUCCGCAGUCAACCAACAUACCCAAAGGCCGUGUCAUCUACGAGGGCGAUACAACCGUGGCACCGCAGCGUAACCUUUGGUCCAUCAACGUGCCGUUUACCCUAAAGGAAAAAUAUGCACAACAUACUCGAGCGAUACAUCACGCGCAGGAAGGCGUCUGCACCGUAGGCUACGCGCUGAGCCAGCGGGGUGCAAGACGAAUUCUGGAAGAGAUUGCCCUCAAGCCCGUCACGGACGCCUACGAUAUUUUAAUGCGCUUCUUCUGCGAGGGCACGCAUGGCAGAAAAAAGGGCAUCUGCAUUGCACCGCAGCCGCCGUAUUUCCAUUCUCAUCGGCGGGCAGGCCUACCGGGCGCAAUGAGUGAUAUUGGUGACCACAAGGGCGCGUAUAGAGAGGAGGCAAUGACAGACAUGGUGCGCUGGAGUGUACGCUUGAAUUCUGCUCUUAUUUUGGACGGUCGUACAGACUAUGUCGACCAGUAUCCUGACGAAUGA